AUAGUACUGAACAUCGCCGCACUGAUGGCAACGUGCUGCUCCUGACAUUCAUUUAUUUGAACUGUUCCCUUCUCUUCUGCUACAGCAGAGAUUCAACUUUCUGGACAUUAUCCUCACUUUGAUUCAUAUUUGAUCAUCUGUCCUCAGACGCCAUUAUGCGCUUCUCGUCACUGGCAGCCCUUACCUUGCCCCUUGUUGCAGCCGCCUCAGAUGUUAUCAAUCUGAUUCCCUCGAAUUUCGACAGUGUCGUCUUCGAGUCUGGCAAACCCGCACUCGUCGAGUUCUUCGCCCCUUGGUGCGGCCACUGCAAGACUCUCGCCCCAAUCUACGAAGAGUUGGCCUCCGCAUUCGCCUCGAGUGGUAACAAGGUCACCAUUGGCAAUGUCGACGCCGACAAGCACAAAGACCUGGGAAAGAGAUUCGGGGUGCAAGGCUUCCCCACCUUGAAGUGGUUCGAUGGCAAGUCAGGUAGCCAACCACAAGACUACAAUGGAGGUCGUGAUCUGGAGAGCUUGACGGCUUUCGUGACGGAGAAGUCGGGCGUCAAGGCCAAGGGCCCGAAGAAAGCCGUGAGCCAUGUUGAGAUGUUGACCGAUACUACAUUCAAGCAAGAGGUCGGCGGAGACAAGGAUGUCCUGGUGGCUUUCACUGCCCCUUGGUGCGGACACUGCAAAACUCUCGCCCCCGUCUGGGAGAAACUCGCCACCGACUUCGCUUCCGAGCCCAACGUUCUGAUCGCAAAGGUCGAUGCCGAAGGCGAGAACUCCAAGGCCACCGCUCAGUCUCAGGGCAUCAGUGGAUACCCAACCAUCAAGUUCUUCCCCAAGGGAUCUUCUGAGCCUGAGUCAUACAGUGGUGCACGAUCCGAGGACGCUCUGGUCGACUUUGUGAACUCGAAGGCUGGCACGUACAGACUUGUUGGCGGCGCAUUGAACACGAAGGCUGGCACUGUUGAUGCCAUCGAUAAUGUUCUCGCCAAGUACGUCACUGCCGGCGGUAUCAAGGACAUCGCUGCGGCUACGGAGGAGAUCAAGAAAGCUGCGGGAGACUUGAAGGACACGUCCUAUGAGUACUAUCUACGUGCACUUUCCAAGUUGACUGGCAACCCGGAAUACGCUAUGAAGGAACAGACCAGACUGGCUGGCUUGUUGAAAAAAGGUGGAUUGUCAGCAGAAAAGAUUGACGACUUCCAGAAGAGAAGCAACAUUCUGGCCAAGUUCUUGGUCAAGGAUGAAGCCAAGAGCGAGUUGUAGAUUACCUAGGGAUAUCAAAAGUUGGGCUCGGGAUCUAGGUGGUUGACUACAACAGCCACCAUUAACGAGAUUGAAGGGCGUUUUGUGACCUUCAUCUUCCGAUAUCUCUGUUCGGUGGCGAGAUCUGACCAUCUGAAUUUC